CCCACUUCACAUCUAAGCUUCCAACCUUCGAACGCCAUUCCCUUUCUCUGUAUAAAAAUCUAAUUCCAGAUUUCAAAUAAUCUUGUCUCGUCUGUCUUAUUCGUAGCAUUUCAGAGGCCAAACCUUUUGAGCCACAUCACACACCCCUACUCAAAUUCAGUAUAUAAAUCCGUAAUCGAAGGUGGGUUUUGCAAGCUCUUGUUUUCUCUCUUGAUAGCUUCACAAGAGAAGUCAUGGGUCGUCCUCCAAGUAAUGGCGGGCCUGCGUUUCGCUUCAUACCCACCGAGGUUUUAGCUGUUUCUUUUAUGGAGUAAAAUUUUCUGUCUGCCAAGGUUGCGGAGAUGGAAAAUAUUUUGCAAGAGCACCAUAAUGGUAUACCUGCCCGGGAGGUUCUUGUGUCACUUGCAGAGAAGUUCAGUGCAUCAGCAGAAAGAAAAGGCAAGAUUGUAGUACAAAUGAAGCAAGUUUGGAAUUGGUUCCAAAAUCGGCGUUAUGCAGUUAGGGCGAAAUCAAGCACAGCUCCUCUGAAAUUAAAUGUAACACCUAUGUCUCGAGAUGAUUCCAUUCCCGUGAGAACUGUUCCUCAAUCUGUAGCAGCACUUAUACCUGCACCUACACCUACGCCUGCCCCUGUUCCUGCAGUUCCACCUGCUGUAAGGGGGGUUUCAGAAAAUUCCUAUACUAUGGAGUUUGAGGCUAAAUCUGGAAGAGAUGGUGCAUGGUACGAUGUCGCUGCAUUUCUAGCUCAUAGAUACUUGGAGAUGGGUGAUCAUGAAGUAGAAGUUCGGUUUGCUGGCUUUGGGCCUGAGGAAGAUGAGUGGGUAAAUAUUCACAAGCAUGUCAGGCAACGUUCUCUUCCAUGUGAAGCAUCAGAAUGUGUGGCAGUUCUUCCUGGGGAUCUCCUACUCUGUUUUCAGGAAGGCAAAGAUCAGGCUCUUUACUUUGAUGCUCAUGUACUUGAUGCCCAAAGACGGAGGCAUGAUGUCAGAGGUUGUCGCUGUAGGUUUCUUGUGAAAUACGUUCAUGAUCAGGCUGAGGAAAUUGUACCACUAAGAAAGAUUUGCCGCCGGCCUGAAACUGAUUAUAGGCUACAACAACUUCAUGCUAUGAAUAACUCAGCAACCGCUGACCUGCUUAAAGGUGGCAUGGAUCCCUCUAUAGCCAGUGCCCCUAGGUUCAUCGGUUCAUCUACUGAAAUGUUUCCAAAGCCAUACAUAGCAGAUCAAUCCAUGACGACACCAUCUCAACAGACCCCAGUUGUCUCUGCAAGUGCCGAAACUGUUAUGACUGUCAAUCUGGGAAACAACUAUACUCCUGGUGAUUCUAUCGUGAAGAUCGUCGGAACUGCACCUAUUUUCGUAUCUGGUGAAAACAUGCAGGCAGUAUAACAGAAGGUGAUUGAUUGAACCCUUUUUGUUAUAAUUUGUUUUUCUUAUUGUGUAGGGAAGGAUGAACAAACUUAGCUGGUAAGGGUAUAUCGCAGCCAGCAUUUUGAGUAGGGGAUUUUUCCAUAUUUUUUGGUGCAAGAAAGGCAUAGAUAUGAAACUCAAAUGCUUUGAAAGUAAUCCCUCUGUUGGCCAUCGUCAUUAUAGUACUCACGGUGCCUUUCUAAUGAACCACAUUGUUACUUAA